UAUGUUCUAUGAAAAAUGAAAUUGAGAGAAAUUAAACAAAGUUGCAUAGUUUGAGUCAUUAUUAAAUUAGGAUGAAUUUAAAGUAGAUAAAAUGGGAUAAAAAAGUGGUCUAUUUGAAUGGUGGAACUGUGCCCAUAGUUUUUCAAAACUAUUUUAACCAGCAUAGUUAAGUCUGUGUUCCUUUUGUACCUAUAACGGCUAUUGGAUUCAAUAAAAAGAAAAAAUCUAUGGAUGAAAAAAUAAUUCUUACGGUGAAAUGAAAUCGUACUUUGGUUAAAAUAACGCAUUACUGUCCUAAAAUGAGCAAGAGACGCAGAGCGUCUUCUGGGGCAAGCCGAGCUGAUGGUGACGAUAGUGAUGAACUAAGUAAUCCUGGACCACCACCAUCGAACAGGAAGAGGAAAAAGUUGGAUCCUAGUGAAAUUUGCCAGCAACUUUAUGAUACAAUAAGAUCUCAUAAGAAAGAAGACGGGACUCUGUUAUGUGACUCAUUUAUAAGGGCUCCAAAGAGACGACAGGAACCUCAGUACUACGAAGUUGUAUCACAACCAAUUGAUUUACUUAGAGUACAACAAAAACUUAAAACAGACACAUAUGAAGACAUUGAAGAAUUAACAGCAGAUAUAGAGCUACUGGUGAACAAUGCCAAAGCAUUCUACAAACCUGACACUGUUGAGUAUAAAGAUGCAGUUGACCUUUGGAAGUUAUUCUUGCAUACUAAACAAACACUGGAACAUGAUGAAGACAUGAAAACUCCUAAAUUAUCACGAAAUGGUUCAUCAAGUAGGAGAUCAGAUGUGGCUGAAGAUUUGUCUGAAACAUCCACUAACAAUGAAGAAGACAAUGUUUUUGAAGAGCUAUUCAGUGCGGUUAUGACUGCGAACAUUGAUGGACGCCCACUUUACCAAGCAUUUCAAUUUAUACCUUCGAAGCGGCGUUACCCUGAGUACUUUAAUGUGAUUGAUUCGCCUAUUGACCUAAAGACGAUAGCACAGAAGAUUCAAGGCGGAGAAUACACUACUAUUGGGGAAUUAGAAAAAGACUUCCUACUCAUGGUCAGAAACGCCUGUCAGUUCAACGAGCCUGGAAGUCAGAUUUAUAAAGAUGCCAAAACUUUAAAGAAAAUAAUACAAGUACGCAGACAAGAAAUCGAGCAGCACGGUCGCAGUGGACCCGCCAAAACAUCGGAACGCAUACGGAGCAAACGUACAUCUAGAGUCGGACCGGUGCCCACUAGUAGGGCUCUGGCCAUCAUGGAACCGCCCGGAUCCGAUACUGAAGCCUAUGUCAAGCAUUCUGAAGAUAGCGCUGAAAGUGAUGAAGAUAAAGUGGAUAAUGAAGAUUCUCCACAGUGGAAGUUGUUGGAGACUGUCAAGAACCAUCUUGGUCCUAGUGGGUUACCAAUGGCCGAACCAUUUUGGAAAUUACCAUCUCGUCGCGCCUACCCUAAUUAUUACAAGGAGAUAAAGAACCCUGUGUCUUUAAACCAAAUCAAAAACAAAAUACGACGUGGCAGCUACGGUACUCUGUCCGAGGUGGCGGGUGAUAUGAAUAUUAUGUUUGAGAACGCCAAACAGUACAACGCCCCCACUUCCAGACUAUAUAAGGACUCUGUAAAAUUGCAACGCUUAAUGCAACAACGUGUCCAAGAACUCCUGGAUAUAGUUCAGUCAUCAUCGAGUGAUGAUGAAAGCCUGUCUUCAGUAAAGAAUCAAACUCAAGUGCAGACUCCACGGCCAAGAGGUCGUCCGCGCAUCAACCCGCUGCCCGCGCCCGCCCCGCCGCCCGCCGCCGCGCCGCUCGUGCUGAAGCCGAACAUGCCGCUGAAGAAGAAGCUGCACUACGUGGCCAAGCAGCUGGUCGAGUUCACGUGCUCCGACGGCCGCCAGCCGAUGCUGCUGUUCAUGGAAAAGCCCAGCAAGAAACUGUAUCCGGAAUAUUACAACGUCAUCGAUCGGCCCAUCGAUAUGCUGACGAUUGAAGCUAACAUUAAGAACGAUCGUUAUAAUUCACUAGAAGAGAUGAUAGCGGACUUCCGUUUGAUGUUCUCAAACUGCCGCCAUUUCAACGAAGAGGGCUCUAUGGUAUACGAGGACGCGAACCUUCUAGAACGGGUCAUGAACGAAAAGAUAAAGGAAUUGAACAGCAAUUACGAGAAAAAGACGCCCAUGAAGAGUCUGAAGGCUCAGCCAAGGUCGAGGCAACUGUCGCCGUUCGAACAGAAGCUGAGAACGUUGUAUGACGCUAUCCGGGACUAUAGGGAUCCAAAAGCCAACCGCCAGCUGGCCCUGAUCUUCAUGAAGCUACCCAGUAAAACUGAGUACCCUGAUUAUUAUGAGCUCAUCAAGAACCCGAUAGACAUGGAGAAGAUUGCUCACAAAUUGAAGAGCAACAGUUACAGUUCAGUUAACGAGCUGGCUUCGGAUUUCAUACUGAUGUUCGAUAACGCCUGCAAGUACAAUGAGCCCGACUCGCAGAUCUACAAGGACGCUUUGAUACUGCACAGAGUCUGUCUGCAGACCAAGCAGAUGUUAAGUCAAGACGACGAUGCAGUGCCCGACGUUCCAGCCGCUGUCCAAGAACUAUUAUUGAAUCUCUUUACCACAGUAUACAAUCAUCAAGAUGAAGAGGGGAGGUGUUACUCAGACAGCAUGGCCGAGUUACCGGAACACGACGAAACAAACAAUGGCGAGAAGAUGCGAGCUAUAUCGCUGGAUUUGGUCAAGAGAAGACUUGACAAAGGGCUGUACAAGAGACUGGAUCAUUUCCAGCAAGAUAUGUUUGCUGUGUUUGAAAGAGCACGUCGCCUCUCCCGUACAGAUAGUCAAAUUUUCGAAGACUCAGUCGAGCUGCAGUGCUACUACAUAGAGCAGAGGGACGCGCUGUGCCGCGGCACGCUGCAGUCGCCGGCGCUCACCUUCACGCGCGACACCGUCUCCACCAGCGUCGAGCUCAUCAAGCAGUGCAAGCUGCUGCAAGAGAACGACGAUGAGGAUGAAACUAGAUCGAGUACGGAUGACUCCAUGCCGUCGGGUGAUACCAAUCUUCAAUCUCAGUACAGGAAAGGUGAUUUCCUGUACAUCCAACCUGAGAAGGGCAAUAAAGACUUCAAUAUUGUUCAAGUAGAAAGACUUUGGACUAACAGCGAUGGUAUAACUAUGCUGUAUUGCAACAUGUACUUUAGACCUCAAGAGACAUUCCACAUCAGAACCCGAAAGUUCCUCCAACAAGAAGUGUUCAAAACGGAUGUGUACAAACCUGUGCCCCUGGACCGCGUCGUGGGACCUUGCUACGUUAUGAACGUGAAGGAAUAUUUCAAGUUUAGACCUGAAGGCUACGCUGACAAAGACGUCUACGUCUGCGAGAGUCGGUACAGCACGAAGCACAGGUGGUUCAAAAAGAUCAGAGCCUGGGAGGGCUCCGAGAAAGAAGUGUCGAUUGUUCCCAGAGAGGUGGCGCUAGAGCCGCAGCGGACCGUCUCCGUGUUCCGCGAGCGCGUCGAGAAGCACAAAGACGAGCUGGCCGAGCUAGAAGUACUCGAGAACGUGCAAGAAAAGGAGAGGCCGGACGUGGUGAUGUACAACCCGCUGGGCACGGACGACGAGAACACGUACUACGAGCAGUACAACACGGUGUGCUCGGGCGUCAUCAAGACCGGCGACUACGUGUACGUGGUCACGGACGGCGGGAAGCAGAUGAUAGCGCAGGUCGACACCAUCUGGGAGACCGGCGAUAACAAGUGCUAUUUCCGUGGACCGUUCUUGAUCUUCCCGGCGGAGGUGUUGAAUAUCAUCAAUAAGCCUUUCUACAAACAAGAGGUACUUCUGACAACAAUCCACGAUACUAGCCCUCUUGUGGGCAUCGUUGGGAAGUGUUCGGUUUUGGACUACGACGAUUAUCUCAAAUGUCGGCCCACGGAGAUAUCGGAAGGCGACGUGUACGUGUGCGAGAGCAUCUACGACGAGUCGAACCGCGUCGCGCGCAAGCUCAAGUCCGGCCUGCGCAAGUUCGAGCACACCAAGGACGUCACCGUAGACGAGAUAUACUUCUUCCCAAAACCGUUGGGUCCACCGGCCCUGGCGUCCACGCACGACGUGCAGUCGGCGUCCACCGCCUUCGCCCAGAAACCGCAACAUCAAACCAUGCACAUGGAUCCUACGGACUGCAAGCCACAGUUCACGAACCUAAUCAACACGACGAUCGGAAGUCAGGACGUCGAAAUGAUUCUAGAGAAUUCGUUGGACGACUCGUCUUUGGCCUCGCCGGCGACACCUCUGUCAACAGGUGGCAAUAGCAACCCUUACAACCCGUCCCUGAGCGUAACGCCCAGUCAGGAACGGAUCGCAAGCCAGACCGCGACCCCGGUCACCGGGAAGAAGAAGAAGGAACAGAAGCAAAAGAUCGUCACCGGCUACAUACUGUACUCCAGCGAGGUGCGGAAGGCGGUCAUAGCCAACAACCCGGAGGCUACAUUCGGCGACAUAUCGCGCAUCGUGGGCAACGAGUGGCGCUCGCUGCCCGCCGCCACCAAGCAGAGCUGGGAGGAGCGAGCCGCGCGCUGCAACGAGGAGACCGCCGCCAGGCUCGCCGACGAGAUGCGCGAGUUGGCGCAACACACAACAAUGGAGAUGACGUACGAAUGCGCCUGGGACACGUGCGACUGUCAGUUCGAGGACCUGACCGACUGCAUGGAGCACUGCAUCGGCGACGGAGGAAACAUGAUCGGAACGUAUCUAGAACCGAAAAGACCUAAACUAGAGCCGGGGCACAUCCAGCAACACUACCGCGGCUCGUUCAGCGAGUACCCCUGUCUGUGGCGGAACUGCGCGCGCGUGCGCAAGGGGCAGGCGCCCUUCCCCAACCUGCCGCGCCUGCUGCGACACGUGCGCGACCUGCACGUCAACAAGGGCAACGGACGACUCAUGGCCGUGCAUGAACGCUCCAGGAAUUUCAUGCUGUCAUCGAAGAAGCCGCGGCCGGCGGUGCGGAGCGGCGUCAUGUCCCCCGGAGGUACAAAUAGCAGUAGUAAUAGCCAAGCGUCUCUAUCAGGGAUGUCCCCUAUGGCGAGGAACACCCCGUCCCCCGGCGCGGGGGAGGGCACGUCCACGACGAUCCCCACGGCGCCGCCCGUCCGCGCCGGCCUCGACCCCCUCUUCGUUACGGCGCCGCCCAGAGCGCAGCGCGUCACGCACUCCGAAGCCUACAUCAGGUACAUCGAAGGCUUGCAUUCAGAGCAGAAAUAUAUAACACCAUGGGAAAAAUCUCUUACUCCGAUGCCGGCGAACCCCGACCCGGCUCAGUUCAAUAUGCAGAAGAUACCCGGACAUUGGAUCACGGACGAAGCCAUCAACGGAUAUUUGACACAUGACAAAAAUCUCGCCGAAGCGGACAUACAGAAGAUGGACCAAAAUCAAAAGGUUCUGAAAGGAUUGUGCUCGUUGAGAGAUUUCAUGAUGAAAGACGCCUUGUGUCUCUACAAGAAUCUUCAGAUAAAUGGUUUUUAACGUUUAGUUAAAGGUUUAAUGACCUGCUUUUUUUUUAAUUCAAAUAUAAUCGACAAAUUUAUAAUACAA